CUCGGGAAAGAGCGCCAAGUUGCGAAUAUUGUCCUGUUGUGAUUUGCGUCGACAACUCGGGAAAGAGCGCGAAGCUGCGAAUAUUCGUCUUGUGAUUUCCGGCAUCUGUAUCUGCUGUUAUGGAAAGGGAAACAACAGUUUCUGUGAAACUGGAGGCAAAAGAUGAGGUGCUUAUGGUACCAAGGACCAUGGUAUUGAGGUCCACUGCCAUGGAAAGCAGAGGAACGGUUUCUGUGAAAUGUGAACCAACAGAUGAGAUACUUACGGUACCACGGGCUGUGGUUAAUGAGCACUACGAACCAGCAUGUCACCUCUGUGGUUGUGCGGAACGUGACAUAGAAGAGGCUCUCAGGCUGGGAAAGGAAGCCAGUGGCAUCAGUGCUGAUGUACUGCUGGCCAACAUGCACAUCAAGAAAGAACAAGAGGACAUCAGUGAGCAAAAGGUCAUUGCAGAUCUGCUGGCGGUGCAUAAAUUCUGUGAUCGUGCUGAAGGAGAAGGAGAACAACAGCAGCAGCAGCAGCAGCAGCAGCAGCAGCAGCAACAACAACAACAGCAACAAGACGAAGGUGAUGGAUUGAUAGCGUGUAGAUUCUGCGAUCGUACCAAAGAAGAAGAACGAGAAAUGAUUGCUGGAUUGCUAGCAGAAGCUGACAGUAUCGGUGCUGACGUAUUGCUGUCUGACACGCAGAUCAAGAGGGAGCCACAGGACGUAAAGGAUCCAAAGGUUACUGAAGAUUUACUGGGUUUUUGCAAAUUUUGUGACAUUGAAGACAAAGAACUGGCACUUGCAUUACAACCAGAAGGCAGUAAUGUGGAGGAAGCGACAAGGCAGCUUUCUGGCAACAACAGGUCGAUGUGGAAUGUCCUAAAAAAACGCAGUGGUGUGUGUGGUGAGGCUGUCGCUCAUCCGGCUCAAAAGUGUGCUACACCAGAGGAUAGACAGUUUGUGAAUGGCAGUGGCCCAUUACAUGUGCCGGAUGUUAACAGGACUGGUGGUGGUGGUGGUGGUGAAGGCUCUGCUUGUGGCAGCUACACUUGCGGUUCAUGCAGCGCGACUUUCUCGUCAAAGUAUAGACUCGUAAGACACGUCUUUGUCCACGUCGGUGGCGUGCGACCUCCACCGCACGUCUGUAGACUCUGCGGAGACGUGUUUCACACAGGAGGCAGCCUACGCGUGCACCUGAAGCAAGGCGAGUGCGCGGCAGUGGCGGGGUGCAGCGUUGCUGAGAGCGCUGGAGAUCGGAGGCUCUCCGGCACGCGCAGAAUUGCACCGGGCAACUCACUCGCCCCUACUGUGGAUGGCAGCAAGGAAAAGUCUUGUGGAACACAGAAGGCAGCAUUCUGGGGACAGGCCGUACAAGUGCAACGUGUGCAGCGCAACUUUUAUUAG